UGUUCCGUUCGUGUGAUAGCGCUUUCCCAGGUGUUUCUGUGUUGAGGCUCCAACUGCACAACAUCAUCUUCCUGCUCACAGUUGGUCGCUUCACCCAAACGUUCCGUACAAUACCUACCUCAUUGAAUGCAUUACAUGUCCCCGGGCCUCCCUCCGGUGCUUCUCCAGUGUUCCUUCCUUCCCCUGCUCUUUCCCUACCUUAAUCCGUGGCCCACUUCCGUGCACGACGCUUCCCUCCGCCAAGAGCUCCGCCAAGGUCAUCGUCACCCGAGGAGCACCACCCAACCGGACCGUCUUUGCUCUCAGUCCUUUUUCUGCCUUUGCCAACUCCAAACCAAAGCUCUCAGGAAACUGGAACGGUCUCCAAAAGCCAAGAAGCUCACCACCCGCCAAGUUCAGCCAAGUCAAGCUUCCAUGUCUACCGCCUUGGUAACACCAUUCGCGCCCAAUCACACUCUUUCAGUCGGCACAAUGACCGAAUGCCUUUUUUUCUUUUACAAGCUCUCGUGCCAAUGUUUCCCUCACGACAACGCCCCUCCAGGACAGAAGGGGGGGGGGAGUGUUAUCAUGUGCCCAGAGCUUGGCAUCUUUCACAGGCACAAGCUUCCAAACUUUUCGAAACCCUGCGCAUUUCCAAGUCUACCAGUCUUCCGGCUGUCAGUCUAUAAAGUUAGCCUUGUCCCCCUCAACCUUUGUGAUCUCAAGCUCUAGAUCUGGCGGUCAAACAGCUUCCCCUCAAUCUUCUUUCCAACCACACCACGGAAGAAGCCUAUUCGGGUCACCAAGCCAACCAUCCAUUCUGACCUCAUCCGCGAGAGGCAUCGCCAU